AUGGCUUCGUCAACAAUGGAUGCUUCCGAUCUCAAAAAAGAACCCCAUGAUAUGGUCCAUGAACGCAAAACAGUCCCGGAUGAAGAUGCUAUACAAAAUGCAUCUGACAUACCGCAACGGACUGCCAGUCUUGCAAGUAAUGAAACACGUUCUUCGAUAUCCCCAUCAGAGUUAGAAAAACAAGGGAAUACUAUAUCAACACAAGGCGGUGCAGCUGAAGAUCUAAAUGUCGACAAUCCACUACUAGGGCUUCGUGAAAAUGAAAUUGACGACAAGGUCAAAGAAUAUACAGACACAUCCCGCCAUUUGAGAAGACGUUUUGAGCUUCUUAAGUCUGGAGCACAUUUAGCUAACAACACCGACAAUGCUUUAAGCGACAAAAGCCUUUUUCCUGAUUCAUAUGUGACAGAAGAACAAUCUGACUAUCUCAGGAAAAGAGAAACAUAUUAUGGAUUCUGGCAUCAAUCAAAAUACUUGAAAGGUUCAGUACUCUCGGCGUGUUUGGCUGGCAUUAUACAGGGAUGGACACAAUCUGCUAUGAAUGGUGCGAAUAUCGGAAUAAGAGCGGAGUUUGGCCUCCACGACCAAGUCGAGAAUGGUGUUCCACGUGUUACGAAAGAUCUCUGGAUAUUCGGGCUUAUGAAUGCGAUCCCUUUCAUCGCUGGCGGUAUAUUUGCUCCUUUUGUUUCAGACUUCUUACAAGAACACUUCUUUGGUCGAAGAGGAGCAAUUGCAAUUGCAUGUUUCGUAUCCAUAGGUGCUACUGUUGGGCAAUGUUUCUCAACGUCUGUCGCUCAGAUCAUCGGAUGUCGCGUCGUUACUGGGUUGACAUUGGCUGCAAAGGCUUCAUCGGCACCUUUAUUGGCAGCUGAAGUUGCGCCGAAUCAUCUUCGUGGUAAACUACUGUCUACAUGGCAGCUGAGCGAUGCAUUUGGCAUCUUCCUGGGCUUCUCGGCAAAUCUUGCAAUCCAACAUAUGCACGCCAGGGAAAGAAUCAUGUGGCGAGUUCAAAUAGGCGUAACUUUAAUCCCUAUCAUAGUCCUCCUGUUUCUUGUUUAUUUUAUGCCUGAAUCACCAAGAUAUCUCAUGAAGCGAGGAAGACCGUCAAAGGCCUUAGAUUCUUUUAUUCUACUACGGCCAUCACCAGCUGAGGAGUUUAUUGGAGCUCGAGAUUUCAUUUACGCCCACUUCCAAUUAGAAAUGGAAUGCAAAUCUAGCAAUGACCGAAUGGAAAAGCGGAAACAGAAAAAGGAGGAAAAGAGGCGGAAAAAGCAUCCAUCUGAGCCUCCUCAAGAGACAACACAACCGAAGAAAGAAGAAACCAGAGAGGAAGCACUUACCGAGAAACUCAGGAAAGAAAAGCAAAACGAAGAUCCAGAACGGGGCGAACAAUUCGUUGAGAAGCCCGCAAUAUAUGCCAUCUCAGAAACUCACUGGAUCCAUAGAGUACUGCAAACUUUCCGAGAUUCUCGAUCCAGAAGAGCAUUAGUUUGUGCUUCAACCGCUAUGAUUUCUCAGCAACUCUGUGGAAUCAACACUAUUGCCUUUCUUUCCGCUACUCUUCUCAGCAGCACAACCAAUACUUCGCCUUACGCCGGAGCAUGGGUAGGAUUCGGUAUAGGCGCAUGUAAUUUUGUUUUCGGUCUCCCAGCCUUCUAUCUCCUGGACAAAGUUGGCCGUGCAACUAUGCUACUCUGCGGCUUUAUUCCCAUGUUUGUAUUUAUGCUUAUCCUUGCCUUCUCAUUCAAAGAAGAUGCAACAGGGACGACCAUUGCUCGCGUUCCUCUCGUGGCUGUCUUCGGGCUUCUUUUUGUUAUCGCGUAUAGUCCUACAGCCGGUACAUCUCCCUUCGCUAUCUCUGCAGAGGUGUUCCCCCUGGUAGUGAGGGAGGUCGGCCAUUCAUUUGCGGUUUCGGUUAAUUUUAUCGGGCUGGGGAUCAUGCUUUUGGUGUUUCCGAGUUUGUCCGAUGCGAUGGGUGGAUAUCGGGGGAGCUUGAGCUUAUUUGCGGCGCUUAACCUCGUAGCUCUUGUCUUAUGCUACCUUUUCGUCCCAGAAACUAAGGGCAGAACCCUGGAAGAACUCCGUACAAUCUUCGACAUUUCCACCCGCAAACACGUCCGAUACCGCCUCACAGUCGUUACACCCUGGCUCUUCAACCGUCUCCUCACCAUCCUACAUAUCAAGAAGUCUACGAAGCGUAGUGCGCUCGGUUCUCGUCUUUAUAAACCUAAACGAGAGGGGUGGAUCAAGACUUUGCUAAGGAAGAUGGUGGAUAUGCCGUUGAAACAGAAACCCGUGGCGGCUGGCGAAGGUGAAGUGGUGGUGGAAGGUGUAGAUGGGGAACAAGAUGUUGAGGGGAGGUAUUUGAUUAAGUUUCACGAUUGGGCGAGACAGCAGGUAUAG